AUGGAUGUAUUAACGAAUAAUACGUCAGCUCGCACAGAACUGCACGAUCCCUUGGUGUUGGUCUUAGUCCGUUUGAUGUUGGCUUGUACUGGUAUCAUCGCGAACUCCAUUGUCAUGUUUGUGUUCAUCUACAACAAAACUUACAAAAAGUCACUCUCACGGAAAUUACUUCUCCAUCAGACUGUGAUUGAUCUGACCGGCUCUGUGAUGUUUUUGAUCUUCUACAACACUGAUGUUCCUGAUGGCACUGGUGGAACCAUAUUCUGUAAAAUGCAAUUUCUUUUUGUGUACACGUCGGCGACAUCAACAUUCAAUUUUGUUAUGCUUACAAUUGAACGUUAUACUGCCGUCGUACACCCAUUGUUGUAUCGCCAGAAAUCUUUGGACGGAAAAUUUAGGUACCUAUCGCUCAUUAGCCCCCAUGUCAUCGGUUUAAUUCUAACAGGGAGUAUCCCAAUACACGCGGAUAUACACCCUACUGUGAAAGAAUGUAAACCUACGGAAAUCAACGCAGGCACUGGUGUAUUAUCAAUUGUUGUCAAUUGGAUGAUACCUGUUUGCAUUAUGCUAUACUGUUACGUACGAAUGAUGUUAAAAUUACGGAAGAAACGAACAGUUAGCCAACAGCCUUCGUCUGAAUCGCAACCCAGAAAUUUUGGACGAGUUCAGACGUUCAAGUCUGACCUGUUGAGUACACUGAUCCUAAUUGCAUCUGUUUAUAUUGUUACAGUAACUCCAUUCUCUGUUUUUUACUUCAUUUAUUUCAUAUCAGAUAAUUAUAAUUAUAUAUUUCAUGAGCUGAGUGUGAUGUUUCUGGAAUUAAAUCUCACUAUCAAUCCAUUCAUCUACUGUUUGGUGUAUAAGGAUUUUCAACGAGGACUUUACAAGAUCAGACAGGACAUAUUCCUCAGUUUAGAAACUCCAAAUACAUAAAUAUCAUUUAAACCAGCAGCUUUUUGCCUGAUGACCCAAAUGAACGUCCAGGUAAUUGACUCUGCUAAUAUUGAAAACUUGCUUGUUCCAUAAAUUCAGACAAUACAUCUUUAGUUUCA